AAACAAGAGAGACAAAGUUGGUUUUUUAUUAUUAUUUAAUAUUGCGAUUUGUAAUAAACAUCGGUUUGUAUUGUUAUUAUUAUUUAAAAUAACUUCCUUAUUAAGUUCUUAAAUCUUUCACUUUGUCUGUAGCCAGCAUUCGAUUCGCGUGGGAUUCAAUCGCAAAGUCAUCCUCCGGGUACAAUCGAGAGUGUCGACAGUAUUUGUCACGCGUUCAACAAGCAACACGAUCUUAUAUUGGGUUGCAAUUGUGUUUUAUUAUUAAGUUUUUUAGUGAUUAAUAUUUUCAUUUAAUUAAAAUUAUUUAUUGGUUGUGAAAAAUAUAUAACAAUGAAGUCACGAUUCUGGAACACAUGGACGAAAGAAGAAGCCAAAGUGAGAUCACCAAUUAUUAUAAAAGAUCGUGAUCAAAAUGAGUCUUCACGUGAGUGCACUAAUGGAAAUCGUAAAAAAAUACAUCAGUACAAUUUAUCCUCACGUGAUGAUCGGUUUCAAUUAAUAACUGACAGUAGUAAUGAAAAGUUACGUAAUGGACAUAAAGAAGUUAAUGUUAAAAAUAAGGAAGUAGAUGAUCUGCAUAAACAGCAGCAACAUUUGUCACGUCGUAGGGAUAAUGUUAAAAAUAGUUGGGAAUUGGGAAGAAAUAGAUAUCACAAUCAUGAUCAUGAUCAUGAAGAAGAACCGCAGCAGGUGAUUAAUUCCCGGCAAAGGAAGUCUAAGGGCACAGCAUCAACAUUGGGUAAUAAUAAUGACAGCAAAUGCGUCGAAGCGAAACUUACAAACGGGAAGUUACGAACGUCAAACAACGGUUUUACAAAACAGGUCAAACGAUCUGACGAAUCAUUGGAUCGUGAACACAGAGGUGCAAAGUAUGAGCAAACUUACCAACAGGACGACAGAAGAAAUUUUUUUUACGAUGUGGAAACAUCGACUAACGGGAUGCGCGAGCCCAUUAAAUUUGUGCGGAAAUUCGAGGAAUACGAGUGUCGAUAUGACGAUAAGCCUGGAGUCGAUGUAGAAGACGAUGAAGAUGAGGAUGAGGAUGUGGAUGAUGAUGAUGAUGAUGAGGAGGACGAGUGUUACAAGCAAACGCGUUAUUCAUCGUCAUCAUCGUCGUCAAGAAAAUUAAACGGUGACUUUAAACCCGGUAGAUCAUUAUCGCCGUUAGAUGAUACCGUGAGUAAAGGUUGUAAGCGAGAAUUUAUUUAUUUGGAUAAAAGAUCUUGGAGGCAUAGUGAUGAACAGUCUCCGGACCGUACGAUCGAGUUAACGGCUGAAGAAAAUUCAAAUGGUAUAAAUUUUGUGAAUGGGAAUAGACGUAACGGAAAUCGUUGUGAUAAUUAUCUUUCGGGAAAAAAAACUGUUAGUGAUAAAAUAAAUCGUGAUGAUUUUGAUCCAUCUGUUGGGAAGUACGAUAAGAUUAAGGAACACAAAAAAGGUUUUAAUCUAGUCAGAAGUACAAGAGAUUCUCCUAGUGAGCAUAACGGAAGAAGAAGAAAUUUAUCAGGUCAUCGGAGUUUGGAAGAUAACAAUUAUUCUAAAGUACAGAGCAGAGAUCCAACGAGUAAACGGGAGUCUUCGAGAGAGAGACAAAUAUUUCAUAGAAUUUCAUUUAAAUUGAAAGGCAAAGAGGAAAAGGAGUCGACGAUGAUGACGAGGAAGGAGAAAGACAUAAAAAAUAAUUCCAGUGAGUCAGAGUCUAUUAAGAGUAAACCCAGGAGAGACAAUCGACACUCGAAACCUCUCUCUCCACCCACGUUAGAAAAUCUCGAGGCUGACGAGGUGGUGCCGCGACAACACCGUAAGAUAUUCUCGCUGUCUAAAGAUCUUCGUCAUCAGCAGCAGCAGCAACAGAAGCCGCAUCAACAACAGCAACAGCAUCAGAAACAGCAACAACAGUUAAGGCUACGUGAGGAUUCUGUUGGUAAGAGAAAAGAGAUUAAAAAAAUUAAUAACCACAACUACCAGCAUCAUCACCACCGCGACUCACGUGAUUUGUCGUGGAUCGAGAGAGAAUUGUCGUCGUGGUAUUCAAGUGAAGAGUCGCCGGAACGUGAGAAGAGUAAGAACAAAACUAAGACUAAAAUACCGAGAACGUGUUGCUUACUGUCAGAUGACGAUGAUGAUGAGGAUGGGGAUGAGGAGGAUGAUGAUGAUGACGACAGUGAUUUAGGUUUUUCCACGCGAAUUGAACGCAACGGAGCUACAGUGAUACGAAUUCACACGAGUCCAAAGACACCUGAGCGGUUCAAGAGUCCUGAGAGGAUUAAUGACAGACGAUUUCAGUGCAGACGUACUCGAAAUGUCUCCUCUGAAAGAUACACAUUUCAAGAGGAUGACGAUGAGCUCGAAGACGAGGAAGAUAAUGACGAUCGAGAUGAUUUGGAUGGUGAUAUCAAAUUUUUUGACUUGCGGAAACAUUCUACUGACUCAUUUAGACGGAAUUUUCGUCACUCGAACGUUCAAAUCACGGACCUUGAGGAUGGCCAGCCGUGUUUGCAGUGCGGCGAAACAUGUUCCGGAUUUUCGCCACAUACGUGGAGGAAAAAUUGUACGAGUUGCAAAUGUCCGAAAGAAGUCCACGAUGUUUGUCACGAAGAAUGGGUAUCAGUACGAGCACGUUUGGGUUUGAAAGGAGAAGGCUCUAAUAAUUAUAUUGGAUUUGAGCCGCGAGAUCGAGGACUUGCUUGGGCACCACCUGGAUUACCACCGCAUAAGGUGGAAGAAUAUUUUUCAAUGCUGCCAGAAAUAUCAGUACCGCGAUUAGGUACUCCUGGGGAACGUCAUCGAGAUCGUCAACUGGCGACUCAAUUACCCAAGCAAGACCUCGCACGAACUUACUGUCGUCACUUGGACCUCAGGCACGCGGCGAGUGCUGAUGAUUUUAUGGCUGCGAGAAAUGAAAUAGCUCUGGACAUUGGUAGUGUCCAGGAAGUACUUGAACGAGGACAUGAAUGUGGUGUUUGUCACGAGCCGUUAAAGUACGGAAGUCUUGCCGUGAUGGCAAGUAAACUUGGAUUACUUUAUCAUCCCUCGUGUUUCCAGUGUACACAAUGUCGAGAAUUGCUUGUUGAUCUAGCUUAUUGCGUUCAUGACGACGCUUUGUAUUGUGAGAGACACUAUGCUGAGAGACUCAAGCCUCGUUGUGCUGCUUGUGACGAGUUGAUUUUCAGUGGCGAGUACACAAAGGCAAUGAACAAGGAUUGGCACAGCGGUCACUUCUGUUGUUGGCAGUGCGACGAGUCCUUGACCGGACAGCGUUACGUCCUGCGCGACGAGCAUCCCUACUGCAUCAAGUGCUACGAAAGCGUAUUUGCAAACGGCUGCGAGGAGUGCAACAAGAUCAUCGGUAUCGACUCAAAGGAUCUUUCGUACAAGGACAAGCACUGGCACGAGGCUUGUUUCCUCUGCAACAAGUGCAGGGUCUCUUUGGUGGACAAACAAUUUGGAAGCAAGGUCGACAAGAUUUAUUGUGGCAAUUGUUACGAUGCCCAGUUCGCAAGCCGUUGCGAUGGAUGCGGCGAGAUCUUCCGCGCUGGUACCAAGAAGAUGGAAUACAAGACUCGACAGUGGCACGAGAAAUGUUUUUGCUGCGUCGUAUGCAAGAAUCCCAUUGGUACAAAGAGCUUCAUUCCGCGCGAGCAGGAAAUUUACUGUGCCGGUUGUUACGAGGAUAAAUUUGCCACUCGUUGCGUCAAGUGUAAUAAGAUUAUCACCAGCGGUGGCGUAACAUACAAGAAUGAACCAUGGCACAGAGAUUGUUUCACUUGCAGCCAUUGUAACAAUUCACUGGCAGGCCAGCGAUUUACUUCACGCGAUGAUAAGCCGUACUGUGCUGAAUGUUUUGGCGAGCUUUUUGCCAAGAGGUGUACAGCUUGCACGAAACCAAUCACUGGCAUCGGUGGCACACGUUUUAUCUCGUUCGAGGACAGGCAUUGGCACAAUGACUGCUUCAUCUGCGCUGGAUGCAAAACCUCACUAGUCGGACGUGGAUUCAUAACUGACGGCGACGACAUCAUCUGUCCCGAGUGCGCCAAACAGAAGCUCUCGGAAUGAAAAAUUCGCGGCAAAAUAAUAUAAAAUAAAAACACCAUCAAAAAAAGUAUAUUUAAAAAAAAAAAAUAAAUAAAAUAACGAGUGUUGAUGACGAGGAAAUUGAUAAACGAGGAUUUAAGUUUAUAGAGAAUAUAAUACGUGUGAAAAAUAAAAUAACAAUAAAUAAAUAACGACGUAUUUAAUAAUACGAAAUUUAUCUCGCUAUGAUUUUAAAUAUUUAUCAAACUUAAUUUCACUAUUACUUUUUUUUUGUUCUUGUUUUAAAAAAUUUAUUAAGAUAUGUUAAUUUGCAAUUAGUUUUAUCACUAAUUUGUUACUGUAAUAGUCAUUUGUAAUUUCAACUUUUAUUUUUAGCUCCUUAAUAAAUAUUUAACACAACUCCAACAUUGCUCGAGUUUUUUAAAAAUAUUUUUAAUAUUUCUCGAGUACUGUUGGAUUUGGCUAUUGUUUCAAUGUAUGAGCUUAUAAAAAAUAUAUUUAAAAAUCUCUAUAUAUAUAUAUAUAUAUAUUUAAAUAUACAUUAUAUAUACCAUAAAUAAAACUGUCCCUAUGGAUCAUAGUGGGAACAAUGUGCAGUUGCCUUAAAAAAUCAAAUUGCUUAAUAUUAAUAUAUAUAUAUAUUACACUAUACGUAUACUUAAUAAAUAACAAUAAAAAAAAAUUAUAAAAUUAACCUAAUAGAAGCGAGCCAAGUUACAAGUGAUCUUAUAAAUAUUAUUUCUUAACUUUUUUUUAUUAAGCAAAAAAAAAAAAGAGAAAUAAAAAGUCAGAAGAAAAAAAUUUGCUAAUCAAUUUAACGACUUGUCAAUUUAUAUUUUUAUUUUAUAUCGAAAUUAAUUUAUUCAUUCAUAUUGAUCCGUUUAGCCGCUCAUUAGUACGGGAAAUACGAGUCUGUAAAUGACUAAAUUGCAUGCGGCUAUUUAAGCGUUUAAAAAUAAUAUAUAGUAAAAGUAAAUAUUAAAUUGCUACUGUACCAGAAUAUGGCAAUAAAUGAAAUACUCACACUCACACUCACACUUACACAUACACAUGCACAAUACAGACACACACGCACACACAUAAACAUACACAGUAAUUUAUUUUGUGAUUAGUUACAAAACCAAUCAACACAUGACUAUUGCUCGAACACAAUUGCCAAUUUACGCUUUUCGUGGAAUUGUAUCGAGGAAAAAAAAAGAAAUUAAAUUUUUUUUUGGUAUUAAAAAAUAUGAACAAAGAUAAUUUUAAUUGUCAUAUCACAUCUGGACAUUUAUAUAACGCACAGAUAUUUGAUUAUAUGUAUGUGUGCAUUUAACAAACGAAAUUUGAGGCCUUAUUGUGAUUACUAUAUUACCUAUAAUUCAAUGAAUAUAACAAAAAAAAAAUCUUACUGUUUUGAAUAAUAAUAGUAAUAUUAAUAUUAUUUAUCAUCAAUAACAUGUUCUAUGUAAAUUUAUAAUCAACCACAAGCGAAAUAAGGAAUUGAAUUUAAAUUGACAUUAUAUAAUUUUGUCAUGUAUAAUAAUUAAACAAACGAAUGAAUAAUAAUAACAAUAACAAAAGCUUGAAUUAAUAAUAACGACUAUAUAUAUAUAUAUAUAAAUAUAUAUAUCAUGACGAACCAAUGACACUUGCUAUGUAAACAUUUAAAAUCACUGACAUCUACUAAUCGUUUUUAUUAGUAAAUUAUACAUAAUAAAAUAAUAUAAAACUAUAAAUAUAAAUAUAAAUAUGUGAAACGUGAUUAUGUACUCGAAACA